UGGGCCUCCACACGCCAUCUCCACCCACCACCACCCAGGACUACCACCAGCAACACAAUGACAAUAUGAGGACCGCAGCCACUCGAGUUCUGAGACCGCUGGCAGAGGCCACGGGCUCGCGCAGCAUGCAUGCAACCGCCGCGUGCGCCCUCGACCUCGGCGCAAAGUACCGCCGGCCAAAGGUCGUCCCCGUGCUCCCCCCACCGCCGCCGCCAAUACCAGCUGCGAGCUCGAGCUCGCCGACGCCAAAUACGCUGCCUCGUCGCCCGGACGAGCUACCCCGAGCGAAUGAGCUCCCACGGCCCAACGAGCUGCCCCGGGUAAGCGACCUCACGCCGCUGCACGCCUCAGCGCCAUUGGGACCCGAGGUCGUCGUUGCCGGCGUCCACAUCCCGCCCAAGCCCGUCCCACCAGGUGCUGAAGACUGCUGUAUGAACGGUUGCGUCAACUGCGUGUACACGCUGUACGCCGACGACAUGGAGGUGUACAAUGCCGCCGUGUCGGACGCGCGGGCGGCCCUCAAGAAGAGCGGAGUCCCCGAACCAGAGUGGCCAGACAUUGUCAAGUCUGGAGGUGGCGGGGGCGGGGCAGCAGCCCCGGCGCCUGCACCCCCCGAUCCGGCCAUGGCGGCUUUCAUGGCGUGA